AUGUGUGGGAGAUAUGCCCUAAAUCUAAAUUCCGAGACUAUUGUUGAUGAGUUCAGAGCCAGAAAUGUGGACUUAGAAGCCAAGCAAAUGCCUAGUUUCAAGGAGAGGUACAAUGUAGGACCCACACAGGAAGUUCCUGUGUUCCACGACUCGCAUUUGCAGCUGAUGAAGUGGGGGAUGAUUCCGUUCUGGACCAAAGACUUGAGCAAAGCGACACCUUGGAAGACGUUCAAUGCACGAGCAGAGUCUGUUUUUAAGAGCAGAUUAUGGAAACCGUCGUUGAAUCACAAGCGGUGUGUAGUUCCAAUCAGUGGAUACUACGAAUGGCAGGGGAAAAAGGGCGAGAAGACGCCUUAUUUCAUCCGCAGAAAGGAUAAGAAGGUGAUGUUCUUGGCUGGUUUGUUUGAUAUGGUGGAGCUGAAAGCGGACCAGAAGACCAAGGAGGACCCAGAUGGAGAGACUCAACAGUUGUGGAGUUUCACGAUAAUAACGGGUCCAGCUCCGAAGGAGCUUGAAUGGUUACACGAACGCAUGCCCGUGGUUCUUGAGCCGAACUCAAAGCAAUGGGAAAGCUGGCUUGAUCCUAAGCGGGAUAGCUGGUCAGAAGAUGAGAUUAUGGACGAGUUGAAGCCCGUGUGGCGGGAGUCUGAGUACGAGUGGUAUCCAGUGCCUAAGGAGGUGGGCAAUGUGCAAAAUAACGAGAAACGGUUGAUGGAAAAGGCGAUCCCUAAAUCUGCACCUGCUGGUGCUGCUGCUGCAAAGAAACCAAGAGGCGGUAUUGAUUCCUUCUUUAAGCAGAAGAAGGAGGAGGAGGAGCAGGAUGAUGAGACAAAGCCAAAACGCCAUUUGAAGCGGGAAGAAGAAUCCUCUAACGAUCUGGAAGCACCCCAAAAGAAGGUAAAGAAAGAGUAA